UACUCGUCCUUUUGCUCAAAAUAAUACUCUGAAUAAUUUUCAGCCAUCAGUAUCCUGUCAAUUUUGCAAUGAUCGAUCUCAUGGGAUUUUCAAAUGUGUCAAUUUUUCAAAGAUUCCCAUCAAUCAACGUUAUGAUGCAAUCAAAAGGAAAGGGUUGUGUUUCAAUUGCCUUAAUCCUUACACUGACAAUCACAACUGCUCUUCAAAGAGAUGCCAAAAAUGUGAUAAGCGACAUCACACUGUUCUACAUGAUUCCUUUACUAGCAAUUCAGGAGCUGAAGUCUCCAAUCAGUUGGAAACCUUCUGGAAGCUGGAAGAAGUCUCUUCAGUUAUUCCUGUCUCUCCUGAGUGUGCUAGGGUUGAAGCACACUACAAAGAAAAUACCAUCAGGCAUGAAGAUGGUCGUUUCCAAGUGUCCUUACCUCGCAAGGAUUCAUUUGCCACCCUUGGUCAUUCAAGGACUCAAGCUAUGAAACGUUUCCAUUCAUUGGAAAAAAGAUUUCUUAAAGAACCUGAGCUCAAACCUCAAUAUGUUGGAUUUAUGCAGGAAUAUGAAGAUUUAGGUCACAUGCACCCUGUACCGCCACCAGCCCCUGAGGAACAAGUCUAUUAUAUUCCACAUCAUGCUGUCUUCAAGCCCGACUCCACUACAACCAAAACAAGAGUUGUGUUUGAUGCUAGCGCCAAAACAUCAACUGGAAUUUCUCUCAAUGAUGUUAUCUUCAAGGGUCCUGUUGUUCAGUCAGACCUUUUUGACAUUGUCCUACGAUUUCGUAUGCGACCAUUUGCUUUCAUCGCAGACAUAACUAAAAUGUACCGCCAAAUUCUUUUAGAUCCUUCUGAUCGUAAUUUGCAUCGUAUUUUUUGGAGAGAUGAUACUUCAAAACCUCUUCAAGAAUACCAAUUGGCCACAAUUACUUAUGGGACAGCUUGUGCAUCUUAUCUCAGCACUA